AUGGCGUCGCCGCAUCCCAUCCACCCUCCUCCGAGUAGCCGCCCCCAGCGACGACAGCAAGCACCGUCACUUGACGUCAUGACGGCCCAAGGCACGCCCUCUGCCCUACGGGCUGAGGAUACCGACCUUUCUACUGCAGUGGCUAUGCAGGAGUCCCGAUCAUCUUCGUCGACGAACUCGCCGGCUCCCAACGAUAUCGAGGAGUCUGACUUCUUUCUCGUCCCAAAUGACUCCCAGUCGUCCCUAGGUGUCCCAAACAUUCAGGACAUGCAGGUCAAUGAUGAUGAUAAUGUCGAUUCCGAUACCAGCCGCCUUGACGAAGUCGACCCAUGCAUUCCUCCGGUCAACCGACUACCCAACGAGAUCCUAAUUUCGGUCUUUGCGAGACUCGGUUCCGCGUCGGAUCAGCUCCACUGCAUGCUCACCUGCAAGCGCUGGGCUCGCAACGCCGUCGACCUAUUGUGGCAUCGUCCUGCGUGCACAAAUUGGCCAAGGCACGAGUCGAUCUGCCAGACCCUGAUCAUUCCGACGCCCUACUUCUCCUACAAGGAUUUCAUAAAACGACUGAACUUAGCCUCUAUUGCCGACCAAGUCAGCGACGGCAGCGUCACGCCUUUGGCCAUGUGCAACCGCAUAGAGCGCCUAACCUUGACCAACUGCAAGCGUCUGACUGACACCGGCCUGAUUGCCCUCGUCGAGAACAGUAACCAUCUUCUUGCUCUUGACAUGUCCGGUGACGACCAGGUCACUGAGGCUACCAUCUUUACUAUUGCUGAACACUGCAAGCGGCUGCAAGGCCUGAACGUGUCUGGUUGUACCAGGAUCUCCAACGAGGGCAUGAUUCGACUGGCUGAGAGUUGCAAGUACAUUAAACGAAUCAAGUUGAACGACUGUAGCCAGCUGACAGAUGACGCUGUACUUGCCUUUGCUCGACACUGCCCGAACAUCUUGGAGAUCGACCUACACCAGUGUAGGCAGGUUACAAAUCAGUCUGUGACCGAGCUCUUAGCAAAAGGCCAGGCUCUGCGCGAGCUGCGCCUCGCAAACUGCGAACUCAUCGAUGACAACGCAUUUCUCUCUCUGGCUCCCGAGCGUGUGUUUGAACACUUGCGCAUCCUCGACCUCACAUCGUGUGUUCGCCUGACCGACCGCGCCGUCCAGAAAAUCAUUGACGUCGCCCCUCGUCUGCGCAAUCUUGUUCUGGCGAAGUGCAGGAACAUCACUGAUGCUGCUGUACAGUCUAUUGCCCGCCUCGGCAAGAAUUUGCAUUAUGUCCAUCUAGGCCACUGUGGCCAUAUCACGGACGACGCCGUCAAGAAGCUUGUCCACAGCUGCAACCGCAUUCGGUAUAUCGAUCUCGGCUGCUGUACCCACCUGACAGAUGAAUCUGUUACUCGCCUCGCCACGCUUCCCAAACUGAAGCGGAUCGGCCUUGUCAAGUGCAGCAAUAUCACUGACGAAAGUGUCUAUGCUUUGGCAAAAGCGAAUCAGAGAAGCAGACUGCGGAGAGAUGCCGAUGGGAAUAUUAUGGAGAACCGGUAUCACAGCUACAGCAGCCUGGAACGUGUCCACCUCAGCUACUGCACAAAUCUAGGCAUCCGGCGUGACGUUUUUUGCGUUUUCUCUGGCGACGGUGUCACCGGUUUGCGUGAGCAUCUGAACAGAGACCCAGUUUAUGCCAUUUUCAGAGACCGUGCAACAAUUACGACUGUCUCGAUGAACCGACGGCCACCACCUUCUACAGGCAUUGAGACGAUAGACGACACGGCCCCCCAACAGCAACCAACUUUUGGAACCCCGGAGCCUUUUAUUGCUGACGACGACGACGACGGCAUGGAAGAUCUCAGCGAGAUGGCUGUUGAUACCGAGCUGCCUAAUCAGGGCAUGCUUCUCAUGCAUGGAACUCACUCGUUGCCUUCGCCUAUUCCGAUUCCGGGGCCUUCAACAACAACGGCGUCCACCUUGGUACCAACUGCACCACCGUUUACCCCGGCUGCAUUUCUCCAUUCUUCUCGGUUUCCAGUAGUUCAGCCAGGUAUCCUCCCGCCGAUAACAUCCAUUGAAGACAGUGAUGGAACCCCCGACCUGAGGCACUAUAACUCAGAUGCGAUGCAGCCUCCUGCAAGCGCUGCCCCAGUUGGCAUGUCCUUUUACAUGGGCGAAAUGCAGCCAGGACCGAGUACAGCCACAGGCUCCACUCGAUCCAUUCACGCGAGUGGUAGCGGUGCAACAGCUACCGGAGUGAUUGUGGCACAAGGGGCCAGCAGAGCGCCGCUUGGUAUGGGAGGCGUCUCUGGACCAGGCACCGUCCAGCACGGUGGGCCGUCCAAUGCAGCGCCACCGGUCCAGUUACAUGAUGCAAAUACCUUGAAUGAUGCCUCCAGCAGUCGAAGCAGCACAUCAGGCGAUCCUUGA